ACAACGACGAGCACAGACGGAUACAGAACGGACGACCCUAUCCUUUAAUAAUAAUCAUAAUAAAACAAAACUACCAUCAGUUACCUCUCUGUCCCAUCCUAAUGAAGGAGCUUCGCCCUGACUGACUUUGGGAGAUGGGAAUACUCAACAUAACAGACCAGCCCCCACUGGUCCAGGCUAUAUUUAACCGAAAUGCCGAAGAAGUUCAAUUGUUGUUGCACAAGAAGGAAGAAGUCAAUGCACUGGACCAAGAGCGCCGCACUCCCCUACAUGCUGCUGCUUGUCUUGGCGAUGUUCAUAUAAUGGACCUCCUCAUUAAUUCAGGUGCUAGUGUUAAUGCUAAGGACCAUGUGUGGCUGACUCCACUGCACAGGGCAGCUGCAUCCCGGAAUGAAAGGGCAGUGGGCCUGCUGCUACGUCAGGGAGCCGAGGUGAACGCGCGGGACAAGUUCUGGCAGACGCCGCUGCACGUGGCGGCCGCCAACCGGGCCACGCGGUGCGCGGAGGCGCUGCUGCCCCAGCUGAGCAGCGUGAACGUGGCGGACCGCACCGGCCGCACCGCGCUGCACCACGCCGCCCACAGCGGCUACCUGGAGAUGGUGAAGCUGCUGCUGAACAAAGGGGCCAACCUGAGCGCCAGCGAUAAGAAGGAGAGGCAGCCCAUCCACUGGGCGGCCUACCUAGGGCAUUUGGAGGUGGUGAAGCUGCUGGUGUCUCGGAGCGCGGACGCUGUCUGCAAGGACAAGCGCGGCUACACCCCCCUCCACGCCGCCUCCGCCAGUGGCCAGAUCGAGGUGGUCAAGUACCUGCUCCGACUCGGGGCCGAGAUCGACGAGCCCAACGCCUUCGGAAACACGGCGCUGCAUGUGGCCUGCUACACCGGCCAGGAGGCGGUGGCCAACGAGCUGGUCAACCGGGGCGCCAAUGUCAACCAGCCCAACCUGCGUGGCUACACCCCGCUGCACCUGGCCGCCGUGUCCACCAACGGGGCCCUCUGCCUGGAGCUGCUGGUCAACAACGGGGCUGACGUCAAUGUGCAGAGCAAAGAAGGGAAGAGCCCCUUGCACAUGGCCGCCAUUCACGGGCGCUUCACACGCUCCCAGAUCCUCAUCCAAAACGGCGGGGAGAUCGACUGUGUGGAUAAAUAUGGCAAUACUCCUCUUCACGUUGCUGCUAAGUAUGGCCAUGAACUGCUGAUCAGCACCCUGAUGACGAACGGUGCUGACACAGCCAGGCAAGGGAUCCACGGAAUGUUCCCGCUGCAUUUGGCUGUGCUCUAUGGGUUCUCAGACUGUUGUCGCAAGUUACUCUCCUCAGGUCAGCUGUACAGCAUCGUAUCAUCUCUGAGCAAUGAGCACGUGCUGUCGGCCGGAUUUGACAUAAACACCCCGGACAACUUCGGGAGGACCUGCCUGCACGCUGCUGCCUCUGGGGGAAACAUUGAAUGUCUUAACUUGCUGUUGAGCAGUGGUGCCGACUUGAGUAGGAAGGACAAAUUAGGAAGGACUCCAUUGCACUACGCUGCAGCGAAUGGGAACUAUCAGUGCACCGUGACCCUGGUGAGCGGCAGGGCUGACGUGAACCAGCCGGACAGCAAGGGAUGCACCCCCCUGCACUACUCUGCGGCCUCCCAGGCCUUCCGCCGAGUGGACAGACAUCACGCGGGGAGCCACCAGAGCGAGGAAGAGAGGGAGAAGGAGAACUUUUUCUGCUUGGAGCAUUUGCUGGACAACGGCGCAGACCCGUCCUUGCGCAACAUCAAGGGUUUCAGUGCAGUCCACUAUGCAGCUGCCCACGGCAACAAGCAGAACGUUGAACUGCUCUUGGAAAUGUCUUUCAACUGCUUGGGAGAUGUAGAGAGCAGCAUUCCAGCUAGCCCCUUGCACUUAGCUGCCUAUAACGGACACUGUGAGGCACUGCGCGUGCUCGCCGAGACGCUGGUGAGCCUGGACGUGCGAGACGCCACCGGCCGCACCGCGCUCUACCUGGCCGCCCAGCGGGGCCACUGCCAGUGCGUGGAGGUCCUGCUGGCCCACGGCGCCUCCUGCCUGCUCAAGGAGUGCCGGCACAAGUGGACCCCUCUCCACGUGGCAGCUGCCAACGGCCACACAGAAUGUCUGCACUUGCUGAUCGACAGCGGGGAGAAGGCCGACAUUACAGAAGUCAUGGACCUGCAGGGACAGACCCCUUUGAUGCUGGCUGUGCUGGGCAGCCACACAGACUGCGUUCACCUCCUGCUGGAAAAGGGGGCCACUGCCGACGCCGCGGACAAAAGGGGCAGAACGGCCCUGCACCGGGGGGCGGUGAUGGGCUGCGAGGACUGUGUGCUGGCCCUGCUGGACCACGACGCCUUCCCGCUCUGCCGGGACUUCCAGGGCCGCACCCCUCUCCACUUCGCAGCGUCCUGCGGCCACGUGGAGCUCCUGGGCAGCCUGCUGCAGGCCUCCAACCACACCGACCCCCUGGACUCCUUACUGGACUACAGCGGGUACACCCCCGCACACUGGGCCGCCUACCACGGGCAUGAAGACUGUUUGGAAGUUUUACUUGAACACAAACCAUUUAGUAUCAAGGAAGGAAACCCUUUCACCCCAUUGCACUGUGCUCUAAUAAAUGGCCAUGAAGGUGCUGCAGAGCUGCUGUUGGAGACGGUGGGCACCCAUCUGGUGAAUAGCAGAGACAGCAAAGGACGGACCCCACUCCACGCGGCUGCCUUUGCAGAGAAUGUAGCAGGGCUGCAGCUGGUGCUGUGCCACGGUGCUGAGGUCAAUGCUGUGGACCACGCCGGACGCUCCGCCCUCAUGGUCGCCGCUGACAACGGCCAGACUGCAGGAGUAGAGAUCCUGCUUCACCAGGCCCAGGCCGACCUGACGCUGCUGGACCUGAACAAGAACACAGCCCUACACUUAGCCUGCAGCAAGGGACAUGAGAUGUGUGCCCUGUUGAUUUUGGGGGAGAUCCACAACCCGUCCCUCAUCAAUGCAACGAACAGCGCACUACAGAUGCCCCUCCACAUCGCGGCGCGGAACGGCCUCGCCACCGUGGUGCAGGCACUCCUGAGCCGAGGGGCGACGGUGCUGGCGGUGGACGAGGAGGGACACACCCCAGCCCUUGCUUGCGCCCCCAAUAAGGAUGUCGCCGACUGCCUGGCCCUGAUCCUCUCCACCAUGAAGCCUUUUCCUCCCAAAGACCCCACCGGCGCCCCCUUCAGCCUGAACCUGCUGAAGCACUGCGGCAUCACGGCGGCCUGCAGCCCCUUGCCCAACGGCAACCUGCGCCACGGCAACCUCCGCCACGGCUACACCAAGGAGCGGCACGGCGCCAUCGGGCUGGACGGCUGCUUCUCCGAGUGACCGCCGCCGGCCCCCGCCC